AGCGCUGCCCGCGAGACCGAGCGGGACCGCGGGCGCCGCCCACACUGCUCCCCGGCCCGGCCGAGAGAGGCGGCGGGGCUCCCGCGCGAUGGGGCGACUGCUGGCUCUGAGCUUGCUGGGGAUAGCCGUGGCGCUCCUGGGCGAGAGGUUCCUGGCGCUCAGGAAUCGACUUAAAGCCUCCAGAGAAGUAGAAUCCGUAGAUCUUCCAAACUGCCACCUGAUUAAAGGAAUUGAAGCUGGCUCUGAAGAUAUUGACAUACUUCCCAAUGGUCUGGCUUUCUUUAGUGUGGGUCUAAAAUAUCCAGGACUCCACAGUUUUGCACCAGAUAAGCCUGGAGGAAUACUAAUGAUGGAUCUAAAAGAAGAAAACCCAAGGGCACUGGAAUUAAGAAUCAGCCGUGGAUUUAAUUUGGCUUUGUUUAAUCCACAUGGUAUCAGCACUUUCAUAGACAGUGAUGACACAGUUUAUCUCUUUGUUGUAAACCACCCAGAAUUCAAAAAUACAGUGGAAAUUUUUAAAUUUGAAGAGGAAGAAAAUUCUCUUUUGCAUCUAAAAACAAUCAAACAUGAGCUCCUUCCAAGUGUGAAUGAUAUCGUAGCUGUUGGACCAGCACAUUUCUAUGCUACCAAUGACCACUAUUUCUCUGAUCCUUUCUUAAAGUAUUUGGAAACAUACUUGAACUUACACUGGACAAAUGUUGUUUACUACAGUCCAAAUGAAGUUAAAGUGGUAGCAGAAGGAUUUGAUUCAGCAAAUGGAAUCAAUAUUUCACCUGAUAAAAAGUACAUUUAUGUAGCUGAUAUACUGGCUCAUGAAGUUCAUGUUUUGGAAAAACACCCUAAUAUGAAUUUAACUCAGUUGAAGGUACUCAAGUUGGAUACAUUGGUGGAUAAUUUAUCUAUUGAUCCUUCCUCGGGGGACAUCUUGGUAGGCUGUCAUCCUAAUGGCCAGAAGCUCUUCGUUUAUGACCCGAACAACCCUCCCUCAUCAGAGGUUCUCCGCAUCCAGAAUAUUCUAUCUGAGAAGCCUACAGUGACUACAGUUUAUGCCAACAACGGAUCUGUGCUCCAAGGAAGUUCUGUGGCCUCAGUGUAUGAUAGGAAGCUGCUCAUAGGCACUUUAUAUCACAGAGCCCUGUAUUGUGAACUCUAAAUUGUCCUUUUGGUCUGUAAGUGCUCUGACUUCUCUUAACAAUUAAUUUUCUAUGAAUUGCUAAUUCCGAGGGAAUUUAACCAGCAGCAUGCAUAACAUGUAUAGUUAAUUUUAUUUCAGUAAGGAAAGGCCCCCUUCAGUUCACAUAGCGCUUUUAACAUAAAAGGAAAAUGAACGGUUUUUUUUUAAUGCCAAGUAAAGGAGAGAGAAGAAAGCUGCUUUCCAUAAAGUGAAUAUACUUUACACAAAAUAAGCCUCAUGUCUGUCUUUCAACUGCCAGAGCAUGAAUUCCACUGAAACAGGGUAGAUUAUAUGUCCUUAAAAUGUGAGUGACCUCAGCUCCACCAGUGUGACCACUGUGACUCAGAACUACUGAUAGAUAACAGGUGUUGAUGUUUUGUACUUACAUCUUUGUUUACUUUUAAAGAGUUGGAGUUAUAUUAAAGACUAACUAAAAUCCAA